CUACCGCCGCUCUGGGUCAUCUAUACUUUGACCCAUUCCUUCUUUCUCUCGCGAGCUGCACGUCUCCCAUAGCAACUCUGUCCAGUGGAUCUCUGCUCCAUACUUUUCUUCGUACUCUAUCAGCAUGAACAUGCUGCAAUCUACAAGCUCUGCUACAAGACUGUCUUCAUACCCGAGCUCCUCUACAUGCCUAACGUCAGAAACCGACCGCAGGUGGUCAGAAAUCGUUCCUCCGAAGAAUGCGCUCACCUUCGCCGUUGUAUGGGAUCCAGAAGAGGAUAUGGUGGCUUUCUCCGGAGCUCACUUGCUCGAUUCGGAAUUUACAGACGUCGAGCCUGACUGUCCCACCGAUGCCAGUUCGUUCGAUGCUUCGAGUACCCUUGCAUGGUUUAGGAAUCAUCAUGACUUCCUCUUUGAUGAUGAAACUGAUCGGCGGACGAGAGGCAGAACUCAGACUUCUUCUACAAUUGGCGGGUUGGAUGUGUACAUCAGGAGCUCAAGAAUAGGAAUGGGAUGCACGAGGACGAGCGUCAACAAACAUUUCUCGUGUUUGGGCGAGCUCAACCGGGAUAUUAGAUUUGAUCCACGUACGGAAUUUGCGAAGAGGUGGGAACAGGUUUUGGACCGUGAUCAGGACACGGUUGUCGAGCUGGAUGAAGUGGACGAUGAAGAUGAAGGGUUCUACGAUACUGUGGAUCCAGGUCUUCCGAGGGUGCGUUCGUCCCAUUUAUUCUUGGGACGCCCAAGAAUGACAUCCAUCCUCAGUUGUCGCAUGUCAGUGUCAAUAGUGAUGAUAGCUGGUUGCAACUAGAGGCCCCAGAAGACUACGUCUUUCCUCCGGUGCAACGACACAGACUGUUGAGGAAACCGCGGCCUCGCCCAGUAAAUCACACGCAUGCUCUCCAGCAAGAUGGCUGUAGUUGCGAUCCUUCCAUUCCACGUGAAGAAGGAUGCCGCCUGUUCAAAUUCCUGUCUAGGUGGAGGAGAGAGAAGGAGUCGUGGGUGUGUAUUGAGGUGACGAAAGAGAUCACCCAGACGUUCGUCUAACUCGCUCCUUUACGGUCAUCAAUUUAUUCUACGAGGACCAUUUUUUGUAUCCCCAGCGGGGAUCCUUAUACUUAUCAUGUAGGAUUAGUGUAUGUUGAGUGUAUGGCAUUGUAUUUUACCGCUUUGACGUUCC